GCGCACAAUAGGUAUAUAGUUCAUAUUUACUCAAUCCGUUAGAUUACUUAGAUGGCGGUAAACACGGACGAAGGAUUAACUGAAUGUGUUCAACUCUGUACAAUUUUUAAAGUACAUUAUGUUAUGCUUUUACUCUGGGAAAUAUUACUGAAUAUCUUCUAUUUCCAAGCCAGGAUCUUACACAAUUUGUGUGCGCAUUAAAACAAAAUAUAUCCAAAUUAACAAAGAAAACAUGAUGUCCGUUAAGUGCUUUGAACUAUAUUGCAAUGUGCUGUUAUUUAUUUUCGUCGUUCGUUGCCUGGCGUUCACACCAUGGAUAGGUGAACGAAGCAAUUUGUUGUGUUCCGAAGUUUGUAAGACAGACAAAGAUCCUGAACGGUGUUGCGCGUGCAAUGCGGAGCCAUGCUGGGAGCUUAAACGAAAGAAUGAUUCGAUAACAUGCGCAGAUACUAUCAGCCAACUUGCGGUAGAAAGAAGGGAUUUAAAAGGAACGAGACAACUUAUAAACGUUCAGAAUACAACACUUUACGAGAUAAUAUACCCAAAUGAAGGACUUGUCGGUCUUCCUGAGAACCUCUGCGAGUAUAACGACACUGUUGUAAAGAUUGACUUUCGGAAUAAUAAAUUACGCGAUAUUAACAAGAUUAAGUGCAUGCGAAAGCUCGACACCUUACAUUUAGAUAACAAUUGGAUUACAGAAAUUAAAAACGACACUUUUCAACUCAUGAAGAAUCUCCGAGUGUUGACUUUGUCCAACAAUACGGGAAUCGCCAGACUACCACCUAAUGUUCUGAACAUCGGAGCUCAUAAUAUAUUUAAGGUAGAUUUAACAUUAAACAAUUUUGACGAAAUCGACAUUACAAAUGUUUUUCGACCUGGAACAUUUUGCGAAAUUAACUUUUCAAACGGGCAUGUUGAAAAAUUUACAAAUGAGCACAACUUUGCCUUUCAGGAAGGCUUUAAAUAUGGACCUGGGAAUCUUUUGCUGCAGAAUUGUGGUGUACAAAGUUUUGUUAACUUCUCACAUUUUGGUGUAGAUUAUAAAGAUAUUGCACGCUAUGUUUACGGGAAACUGUCUAUUGACAACAGUUCAUUCUAUUGCGACUGCAAACUGUUCCCUUUCUUUAAAGACGUCGAAAGCUUUCCUACAUAUUGGUUGGAGAUGAAUGGACUUUAUGGAUUCGUAUGUAACUACCCAGACUCGAUGAGAGGGGUCAAUCUUCACACACUGCUCGAAACAAAACGUCUAGAGCAGCUGACAUGUCCGCUGGAGGAAUGUCCUUCGUUUUGCACAUGCAUCGAUACUCCGUCGGAAGGACGAGUUUUAGUAAAUUGUUCCAAUAAAGGCCUGACGGAAAUUCCGGACGAAAUGCCAUUCGGCUAUUGGGGUAAUAGCAAAAUCGAGCUUUUGAUAGCUAACAACAGUAUUAUUGAAAUACCAAACAGAAAUUACUUAUCGCGGUUAAUCAGCGUCCAAGCUCAGGGUAAUUACAUCGCACAUAUAGACUCAAAUGCUAUCCUGGAAUUAAAUGCCGUGAUUAACAUUGCAAAUCAAACAUUACAUUUUCUUCAGUCGUAUUAUUCAACACAAGAUCCAAAUAAAAUAACAUUUGGAGACCAUCCUGUCGAAUGUACUUGUGAAAACUUGUGGAUAGGCGACUGGAUUAGAACCAAUAAUGCAUUUGGUCGACUGUGGUGUCAAACGGGAGCACACGGAAAAAUUCGAGCUGAAGAAGUGACCGAUCAGCUAUUGUCGUGCCAUUUCAGUGCGAUUUCUUUGAGCUUUGUUUUCCCGUCCGUUAGUAUUAUUGGAAGUUUGUUACUGCUUAUGAUUUUAUAUUGCAUAUUUCGUUACGAGUUCUUGCUUUUAUAUCGCAAAUACGUUAAAAGAAAGAAUGGUGUUUCGGCCGAAAUGUUCGACGUUUUCAUAUCUUGUGUAGAAGAAGAUGACGAAAUAUUUCUGUUUGUGCAAAAUUUCAUACGCCCGAUAUUGCUAGAUGAGCAGUAUUCAGUCGUAACAUCUUGGAAUGACAUCAUGGUUGAUAUAGAAGACCGUGACAAACUGGUAGUGGAGGCCGUGAGCAAAUGUCGAAAUUACGUUAUUGUGCUAUCGAAAACCUACGGUCGCGACUACAAUACAACAUGCGAAUUUGACGCAAUAUGGAAAAGGUUUAAAACAGAUGCAACAAGACAAAUUAUCUUGAUAAAUAUAGGGUACGACGUACCGGCUGACAAAAACGGCAGACGUAUCCGAGCUGUUAAACGGAUCCACAAGGAACUGACGUUUCUCGACAAGGAUACUCGGAUGAUCGAGCGCUUGAAACGUCGUCUUGGAAACCCAAGUGCUUGCCGACCAGUGUCACCAAACGAUAUACUCGACGUCGCAUACAGCGAGCAAACGCCAUCCUCGGAUUCGGAAACCAACGAUGAUGACCACUCGCACAGCGAAGCGUUUGAUUAUCCCGCCAACAAGCAUGCGGAUUCAGAAAAUACCAUGAUUGAUUCGACAAAACGGCAUGUUUUAAAGAAACACAGAUCGGUGUUCGAACGUCUUUCGGACACAACACAUUCUUCAUGUAAUUGUCAAUACCGCAAAUGUUAUCUUCACAACAAUUCUUUUUAAUUCUCGUGAGAUGGCAAUCGAUCAUUAAAUUACAUUUUUGUCAAAAAGUGAUA